AUGCCUCAAGAGUGUACCAGUGCUGCAGUAGUCAAUGCGACCCGUCAGGUGUUCGCAGAACAAGGAGUUCCAGAAAGAAUCGUUAGCGACAACGGAAGACAUUUUGACUCCUCAACAUACAGAGACUUUGCUACACAGUGGGGAUUCAGCCAUGUUACAUCCUCUCCCCACUACCCCAGGUCAAAUGGCUUCAUUGAGCGAAUGAUUCAAACUGUCAAGAAUACGCUCAAGAAAGCUAAAGUGAGUGGUAUCGACCCCAACAUGGCUCUACUAUGUAUCCGUGCCACUCCAAUUGACAGCCGCAUACCAAGCCCAGCUGAGCUUCUUUACGGGAGGAAGAUGAAGGACAACUUACCAACUCGAAUCCGCAACAACUCCCCUGGUCGUGAUGAUGUUAACCAUCGUAUGCAGCUUCGACAGCAGAGCCAGAAGUAUCAUCACGACAAAUCAGCCCAUGACCUAGCACCACUCUCACCUGGGCAGCUUGUGAGAGUCCGAGACCAGACAUCACGUCACUGGAUAACAGCUACUGUUCGUGAGCAAUGCCAUGAGCCUAGGUCAUAUCUCGUCGAGACGCCUAAUGGAAGGGUGCUUCGCAGAAACCGGCAACACCUCGCUGAUAUUGAGCCCAGGCGUAUCCAUCAUGAUGAGGAGGUAACCAAGACACCCGAUCCUCAUACACGCGAAGAGAUGACGCUUGAUCCAACGCCCGUCAUCAGAGGUUCUCCUGCCCCAACCCCUGCCCCAAACCCUGCCCCAAAACCUGCCCCAAACCCUGUUCCAAUCCCCAACCACCAGCAGACCACCCGCAGUGGCCGGGUAAUCAAGAAGCCAGAAAAACUGACUUAUUAA